AUGAGGGGUGUGCUGCUCGCCGCCCUUCUGGCUUUGGUCUUAGUGCCCAGGGCCCGGGCCGCGUGGCUGGGGAGGCUGGACCCUCGGCAGCUCCUGGGGUCCUGGUACAUUCUCGCCGUGGCCUCGGGGGAGAAGGACUUUGUGGUGGAGAAGGCCACAAAGAACAUCGAGGGGGUCGUGGUGACCCUCACGCCAGAGAACACCCUGAAGAUGCUGUCCUCCCGGCACAGGCUGGAGAGAUGCCACCUGCAUGCUGUGGAACUGGUGAAACAAAAUUCCGGAUGGGUGUUCGGGAAUCCCGCCCUGGGUGUGCUGGAGUACCGGGUGCUGGGCACCAACUUCAGGGACUACGCCAUAGUGCUCACGCAGCUGGAGCUCCAGGACGAGGCCUUCAGCACCGUGGAGCUGUACAGCCGGACGGAGCUGGCCAGCCAGGAGGCCAUGGGCCUCUUCACCAAGUGGAGCAGGAGCCUGGGCUUCCGGUCCCAGCAGCAGGCCAAGCUGCAGAAGGACCUCACCUGUGCACACAAGGUCUUCCAGGACAGGAGGCCCAGGAGCCUCCCUGCCAGGUGCAAUGGCUCCAGGGGACGUGUGGUGACCGGAGGCCCAGGAGGUGACCUCGGGAACAUCAUGGUCUCCGUCUUUGGGGCAUCCCGGGGCAGCAGCUGUGCCGCUCCGAGGGCCGAGGGCUGGCUCGCGGCUGCAGGCUGGCCGGACACCCACGCAGGGCUGGUGGCCUGGGACAUUUAA